GACGGGAUAAACACUCAGAUUAGAUACUGGACUUAUUUACGUGAAAAGAAAAAUAUAAGAGGGAAAAUAAUAAUUGUUUUUAAACGACUGUGGGGAAGGGAUGGUGUUGGACUGACACCAGAUGUAGAUGUUAGUGUCUUUUGUUUGUUUUAGAAGACAAUGCAAGACAUAACGGAGGACUCAGUCAUUACGGAGUUACACUGAUCAGGAGAAGAGGAGAAGAAGGUCACCAGCAUCAGGUCGCUCUUAGCCUUUUGUGGAGGAGUAUCGAGUGUUUUGGCACUAUUUCCCUCGCCAGCGUGCUGACAACAGAAGAUCGUGGAGACUAAAAAGUAAUUUUGCAGAUCCACACAUGGACAACCAGCGGUAUCUCCCUCAUGCUGGGGUUAGCAAUUCCAAACUCUCCACCUCAGCCAUCCAGCCGGAGCGCAACAGUGAGACCAGACAGGUCAGAAGAGAACCAGGUGCCUCAGUGAUUACUACAAGAGUCAAAAAGGAAGAGCACUCAGAUGUUCCCUGCAAGGUGCCUCGCUUCCAGUAUGUUGACUUUCCCUCACUACACCAGUGCAUCAAGCAGCUAUCUGUUCCACCACUGGAGGGCUGGCUAGCCUCGUGCCCGCUCAGAAAGGUACCAGCACACCGCCCCAGCAGCCCUAAGGACAAGGUGCCAAAGUUUAAAUACGUAGACUAUCCAUCCCUCUACCACUGCAUCCAGCAGCUAUCCGUGCCUCCACUGGAGAUUUGGAGCUCAAAACUUACAAACCCCAGCCCUGGUGGCUUACAGGCAGACACAGUAGGAGGGCGUUAUCCAUCUCAGGUGUUUGGAGAAAGAAGGAAAAAUGAAGAGUUUCAGGAAAAUAGAGCAGAGCAGAAAAUUAAGCAAAAGAAGGGGAAUGGGAGCACAGUCCAUAUCACGAUUUCAGAGCCAGCAGUCCAGCAGCAUGUGAAGAAUACACAGCCAAACACGGCCUCAGAGAAGGAAGAGAAAUCCCAAGGAGGGUUCAACACGCACCAAAAGCAUUCUGGUUUCAGCUUAGAUUGUGUUUCUAGAUCUGAAUCAGGUUUUAGGCCAGAACUUGACAAAGCAACAGAAAGGAACGAGAUAAGUCUCAGGCCAUCGGUUAUCAGCCUGGUCCGUACAGAGAGACAGAGGCACAGAAUGGAAUCAGAGGAGCCACCACAGAGGUGGAAAUCUCCAGCUCCCAAAGCACAGAUAGAGGAGCCAAUAGAUCUAAAGAUGGUCUGUCCCAUUGACCAGCAAAUAGUUACAGAUCCAGAGGAGCACCAAACUUGCAGAAACAAAGACACAAAGGAACCACACUGAGGGCCUUCUUCACGAUGACCAUCCUUCAGACUCUUCCAAAAUAUCACUCUCACUUGUGACACUCUGACCUUGAUCGAUUGCCUUGUGCAACCUUUACAGGAUGGUUGUAAUCAAGGGAUGACAAACACACACUUAAGAAUUCUGCUCGCCAAAAUGCAAAUGAAAUCUCCAAAAAACAAAAAAACAAAAAGGUCUUACAAGUCGAACUGGGGUAACUUUCUGAAGAAGACUUUGAGACUUUGAUGCAUACCUACAGUAUACCCAUAAGCAUUACUGGUAAUAUUAUCAGUCUAUUGGUACUAAACAAAUGUUACUGGAGUUUUGAACACAUUUAUACUUCUGUCAUCCAUUUGCUUGGAUUUAAAAGCAACUAAGCCUUAAGUGAUAAAAAAGAAAAUCAUCACAUACAGUACGUAUUCCUAUUUGCUGUCCUGAAUACGUCUAGACCAACUGAGAAGAACAUAUCAGGUCAAACUAGCUUUAAGGUCUGACACAAUCACCAGAUUUUUCAGUUUUGUGUUGUUGUUUUUUUUCAGAUUUUGGAGAGAUAGUUUACAGAAUUUACACUUUGUACUACUUUGUACUACUUUGUACUACUUUGCAGUAAACUUCGAGCUCUGAAUUUGGUGCAUGAAGAAAAGUCGUCUGCACAAAUAGCUUGAUAAAAUAGACAAUCUCAGCCUCAAUCCCAGAGCAGGAUACAAAUGCAUUUAUAUAGUCACUUGGGAGUGGACUGUUGAGUUCUAGUACCUAAAAAUUGCUUUUACUCAUGUAAUGGUUUGUUGAAGAUCUUUUGUUAUCUUUGUAUUUCUGAGGUGUUUUUAUGGAGUUUCACACAGUUUCCAAAAAAUGUGAUAGAGCUAACUUAAGACAUAAACCAGUUUUCAUUUGCUUGUUUUGUGUGCAUUAAAAAGAUUUUUAACUAAAUAAGUAUUAUGGGUAAUUUA